CCCUUCUAUAGGCUCGACAUCCAUACUACAGAGGAGCGGGUAUUAUGCUAGACGUCCGAGCUUACAUGGCAUUAUUGGCAGCUGACCAUUCUAUCUGUCGUACUCGUCGUUCUCUCUCGAAUCGCUGCUCACGUUGUCGUUUUCGUUAAAAUUCGUAUACGUAACUUUUCGACAGAACUCAGUAUAAAAGGACUGGGGCCUCGCCUUGUACACCAUCGCAUUCGCCGCGUACUUCUGCUUGUUCUCUCUUGACUCUACAGACACCAUGCAAAUUUGCCUCCUUCUGUCUGUCCUCCUCACUGCAUGCGCCGUGAAUGUCAUGGCGGAUGAUCAAGUUGCGCUGGGCCCCACCAAGCACUGUUCUAAUGGCGGAACGAUUGACAAGGAUAACGAGACAUGGGUCAAGAAGGGUUGCGACCCCGCGACAAGCGCUGGGGUCAAAAGUGCCCAUAAUUGCAAGAGCGGAAACGGCAAAUAUUAUUUGUGUAAACAGGGUAGCACUUGGACAUGCAGUGCGGUGAAGAACAUGGUUGGGUUGGAGAAUGGAGAAUGCUUCAAGUAGAAAUUGAUUCGUGUUGAAACGUUGAUAUUCGCAAAUCCUUUUGGACUUUCGAAGCCCCUAUGGACGCGAAACUGGUCCGUGCGUGUAAAUUCCG